UUUUUUAAGAUAUAAUAUAAAUUGAGAAAUGGCACGAGAAUCUGGUAGAAUAAAAGACGCAUGUCAAAAAAGGAUCCUCGACGAUGCUGCGCGUAAGCGUAGACAGAAGAAAGCACUGGAAGCAUUGGAGCAAGAUAAUUUUCAUGAUGAUCCACACGCUGACUUAGUGAUGAGUAAGAAAAUACCAAAAUUCCAAGAGACAUUAGACAGCAGAAGUGGCAGUAGAAAAAAAAAGACUCGCUCCGCGGAAUAUUAUAAGCAACGUUUUCGCAAAACUUUCGCUCAGCUCGUUGAAGAAGAUCUCAAUAUGAAUCCUAAUCCACCGAACUAUGGUUCCGCUCAGGCACCACCAUCCCGCUUACCCGAAAGACAUUUUUGUACAGUAUGUGGUUUCCCUAGUAAUUACACGUGUAUACCUUGCGGCGCCAGAUAUUGCUGUAUCAAAUGUCUAGGUACUCAUCUUGAUACGAGAUGUAUGAAAUGGACGGUCUAAACAUUUUUAUUUUAUUUCGAGUUUUAAUUUAAAUGUAAAAAUAUUUUAAAAUCUUUUUUUAAUAGAACAGAGAUUUAAUUAUCACAGUAUGUUAUAUUCUGAUAAUAAAGUACCUGAAAAAAGCUCUA